AUGACAGAAAUUGUGCUUGAGGAUUCAGGAUAUUUGUGUGCACAGCCAGGCCAGAAGUCGUUGCUAAUUGCAGAUGAAAAGAAGCAAGCCAAUUUUGAACUUGGUGUGUCUAUGAUUAUCUACAGAUGGGAAACAUUACAAACAGCAGUGGAUAAUCUAUGGGGAGGGCCAAACUCUGCGGACAAGAGAGAUUGGAUGACGGGGAUUAUAGUGGAUUCGUUCAAGGAGAAUAAUGAAAUCGAUAUAAUAUACAUUCAUGAACUGCUAUUUAAUGCGAUGCAGGAUGAGUUUGGUGUGGUAGUUGAGGACGAAUCGACAGUUGUUGUUGGGCAAAGAGUCGUUCAAGCAUACAAAGAAUGUCUUGCCGGAAACUUUGAUAACGUCAAACACAUGUAUGAGCACUGGAAAGAGACUCAAAGUAGGAGACAAAGUGAGAAGAAGGUUGUGAACGUGGCCGCAGAUCCACUCAAUCCUGAUACUAGUGAUGAGGAAGAAGAAGAAGAUAAUGAUAAUAUUCCGGAGCUUGUGGAGAAGGAGGAUCCAGAUGCCAUGGAUGUGGAUGAGGGACCAAAACAUAGGCAUGAACCGGAAGUUGAUGAUGAUGGAUUUACAGUUGUGCAUAGGAGACAUCAUUAG